AUGGCAGAAAAGUUCAUCACCGCCCAUGCCGGGGCCAAAAAAGCAGAAGCGAAGGUGAACGACAUAUUUUCCAUUAAGCAGUCGUUUGGCGAAGGGCUCAGGGACUUCCUCGCCCUGUUCAAUCAUGUGAGAAUGACCCUUACGAAUGUACCUAAAGGAAUGGCGGUAGCCGCUUUCAAGAAAGGGCUAAGUCGAAGUGGAUUGCGGGCGACCAAAAAGUUGAUGAGCCGACUCAUGAAAUACCAUCCAACCACUUGGGAUGAGAUACACAACGCCUACUGUGCCGAGGUAAGAGCCGACGAGGACGAUCUCAACGGACCUACCCAACGUCUGAUCUCGGUCCAAAUGGAGUCUAAGAAAGACCGGAGAAACGACAGUAGGAGGGAUCUAUCGGGAUCUCGGCCUAAUCGAGAAAGACAUCAGCCAUAUGUCAGAGGCACCCUCAUGCCGCCUCCACACCACGAUAAAGAAAUAGUCUACGCGCUGGAGAAGCUCGGCACAAAGGUGAAAUGGCCACAGAAGAUGAAAUCCGACCCGAGCACCAGAAAGUCGAACGCUCUCUUUGAAUUCCAUCAGGAAUGGGGUCAUAAAACCGAGGACUGCAUCGCCCUUAGACAGGAGGUCGUGGACAUGGUUCAUCAAGGGAACCUGAAAGAGCUGAUGAGCGAGCGUGGGAGGGCCAAUUUCGCCCGAGGAUGGGAACAACACCAGGGAGGCGAUGACGCAUCUAUCAGCAGCGUAAAGUUCACCACCACCCACAAACUCAAGCGGUCCAUCACCCACGAACAGUAUGACGAACUCGAAGAAAGUAUCAUCUUUGAUAAGUUAGAUACCCAUGGUUUGGUCUUUCCUCACUAUGACGCUCUUGUCAUUACUUUACGUGUUUUUGAUACUAAAGUAAGAUGUAUUAUGGUUGAUGACGGAAGCAGCGCGUGCAUCAUCCAUCCUCGAGUUCUGACCCAAAUGAAGCUCGAGGACAAGAUAGUGCCACGUUGCAUCACGCUGACAUUCUUUAACAAUGCAGUUGUGCGGACAUCUAGAGAAAUCAAACUGCCCAUCCUGGUCGGCGGAGUCACUUUGGAGACCACGUUCCAUAUCGUGGACCAGGAUACGGCAUAUAAUGCCAUCAUAGGCCGACCGUGGAUACAUGCCAUGAAAGCCGUCCCCUCCAGCUUAUACCAAGUCAUUAAACUUCCCACCUCUUGA